UCCAACAUAUUCAACUCUAAACAAAGAAGAAGAGGAGGGAGGAGGAGAAUUAUAAGAAUGAUAGGGUGGGAAGACGUUUACAAAGUGGUGGUGGCAAUGGCGCCACUUUACUUCGCGCUGAUUUUAGGCUAUGGCUCGGUCAAGUGGUGGCGAGUAUUUACUCGUGACCAGUGUGACGCUGUCAACCGCUUCGUCUGCUUCUUCACCCUCCCGCUCUUCACCUUCGAAUUCACCGCCCAUGCCGAUCCUUUCAAAUGGAACUACUUAUUCAUCGCCGCCGACGCAAUUUCCAAGUUCAUUAUAGUGGUGGUGCUAGCCUUCUGGGCAAAGUGUAGUAGCAAGGGAAGCUAUAGCUGGUCUAUAACAAGCUUCUCUUUGUGUACUUUAACCAACUCUCUUGUUGUAGGGGUGCCGUUGUUGAAGGCCAUGUACGGCCAAACGGGUGUGGAUUUGGUCGUUCAGGGAUCUAUUGUGCAAGGCAUAGUAUGGCUGACUAUUCUCUUGUUCGUCUUGGAAUUCCGGCGGACGGGAAUUGACUUUUCUGCUGACACUGUUCAGCCCGUGGCCGGUGAAACGGGAAAAGAUUUAGAGGGAAGCACGGUCGCUGUUGCGGCGAGCGCCGGGCCGUCUUUCUGGUAUUUGAUGAGGACCGUGUGGUUGAAGCUGGCUAUGAAUCCCAACUCGUAUGCUUGUAUUAUAGGCAUUGUUUGGGCUUUUAUUGCGAAUAGGUGGCAUUUUCAGAUGCCGAGCAUCAUGGAGGGAUCUAUAUUGAUCAUGUCAAGAGCUGGAACAGGCACUGCCAUGUUUAGCAUGGGGAUCUUCAUGGCACUUCAAGAGAAGUUGAUUGCUUGCGGCCCAGGGCUGACUGUAUUUGGGAUGGUUUUGAGGUUUAUUGCUGGACCGGCCGCCAUGGCCAUUGGUGCUAUCGCUGUGGGUUUGCAUGGUAACGCACUACGUGUUGCUAUCAUUCAGGCAGCACUGCCUCAAUCCAUUACAUCCUUUAUCUUCGCUAAAGAAUAUGGAUUGCAUGCACAAGUUCUUAGCACUGCAGUGAUCUUCGGCAUGUUGGCUUCACUUCCAUUGUUGAUAGCUUAUUAUGCAAUUUUGGGGUUUGUAAAUUGAUACCCUGACCCUAGGCCUCCAUAAAGGAAAUUAAAGGGAGAUGGGAUCAUUGGCACUUUUUGUUUGAUUUUAAUUUUUUUUUUUUAAUAUAUAUAUAUAUAUAUCUAGUUUGAAACUAUUGGAACUCUGUACUCUCAUUGUUGCCGGCCAACAUCUUACUGCAUUUCAAAGGAAAUAAAUAUUAUUCAUUUCAUAGUCAA